UUAAGAACAUUCAGAAUAAAAAUGAAGGUUGCAGUCUUGGCGCUUUGCUUGGUCUUCGUAGCAGUUCGCCAGAGUGAUGCUGCUAUCAAGUGUGUACAGGGUGACGGGGUUGAUCAGACUGCUAAAGUUUGUGAUGGUGCCGAAAAUAAAUGCUUCCAGCCUAAGUUUGUUGAGUACACAGGGAUGUCUGCAGGUGUGACUUAUGGUUGUGGGCCUUGUGACGCUAAAAAUGUCGCCACUUGUGAAGACUGCGUUGGAAAAGAUGAUGCUGCCUGCAACAUAAAGAAAGAAACAGAAUUAGAGUUCAAGUGUCACGACUAUGAACUGCUGAAAGAUGCAACUAAGCUCACACCCAAGAAAGAACCAACCACCUGCCAAAGACUCACAGCCACUACUAUCAUGUGCAACAUGCCAGGACCAUCUUCCGACAAAACUUACACGAUGGUGAACAAGGGAUGUGGUCCAUGCAGUGCUGCGGACAAGACAGCGAAGAAGUGUGAAGAGUGCGAGACAGCUGAGUGCAACAAGCCAGCAACCCCCGCGAUAAAGUGUAUCCAGGGAGAUGGUAGUAAGGAUGCUACAGUGUGCACAACAAAUUCUGGCGAAGCAGUGCCCACCAAAUGUCAUCAACCAAAGUUCACUGAAUACACCGGAUUAGCAGCCGGCCAGACCUACGGAUGUGGGCCUUGUGGUGCUAAUGACGCUGCCAAAUGUGAAGACUGCGUUGGAAAAGCAGACGCUGCUUGCAACGUGAUUAAGGCGACUGACACGGACUUCAAGUGCUAUGACUACGAGCUGAAGGAAGAUAAGUGGACUAUGAAGUCGACUGCUGGCACGUGCAAGAGAAUGAAGGAUACUGCUGUCAAAUGUAAUAUGCCAGGAAAAUCUGCUGAUAAAACCUACGUAAUGCAGAAUGCAGGAUGCGGACCUUGCACUGACGCCGACAAGAAAGCCACUAAAUGUGCAGAAUGUGACAAAGCUGAGUGCAGCAAUGCCUUCACCAUCACUGCCUUCAUCGUCCCCCUCCUGGCUACUCUCUACAACCUCCUGUAGGAUACUAUUUAACUAUUGAGUACCUUGAAAUGAACUUGAAAUGAACUUGAACGACACUUGGAAAAUAGGUCGUGAUAGAGUCUUGCUAUUAAGUAUGAACUCGUUAGUACUUAUGAAUUAAUUGUUAUUGUGAUAUUCUUAUGAAAUUCUUGUAUGAUUUGUUGUAGCUUUAGACUCACUUAGUUUGGAGACUUGGUAUUUCAGACUGUGCCACUGUCAAAUGACUAUAUAAUUUUAUUAUUCUGUAUAUAGCUG